UAUAAAUGGAGAUCCGCAUUGAGCAUAUAUGCUGAUUAUCCUCCUCCUCCUCCUCCUCCUCCGGCUGUUUGGCAGGAAGGAAAGAGAGAGAAUUUUCCAGGAACAGAAAAAGCUUAAUGGACAGCCAAAGAACCCCUAGAACGUCGUCCAAGAAACCACAGACAGGGACAAGUUCAAUUGAUCUAUAUGCUGCGCAGUGUGACGAAUGCCAUAAAUGGAGGGUGAUUAAUUCAGAAGAAGAGUUUGAGGAAAUCAGAAGCAAAAUGAGUGAGGAACCGUUUUAUUGCAACAAAAAACCUGGUGUGUCUUGUGAUGAUCCUGCCGAUAUUGAGUACAAUAGCACUAGGACCUGGGCCAUUGAUAAGCCUGACCUUCAGAAGACCCCAGAAGGUUUUAAGAGACAUUUGGUGCUUAGAAAAGAUUAUUCCAAACUAGAUGCUUAUUAUAUUACACCCAAGGGGAAAAAAGUGAGAACCCGAAAUGAGAUAGCAGCAUUUUUAAAAGAAAACCCUAUAUACGAAGGCAUAUCAGCUUCAGAUUUCGACUUUGCAAGCCCAAAGGUUAUGGAAGACACUAUCCCUGAGAUUGUUGGUAAAAAGGGUUCUGGUAGCAGCCACAAAAAAAUGAGACCUCCGAAGGAUGAGGAGGAGACGGGCAGUGUAUGAGUAGUGUAUGUUGAAAGAUCACCGGUGAAAAUUCUGUUGGGAGGUUUUGCCUGGUGUGGAAAUGAUGUCUGUUUGUCCGUACUGAUAUCAUAUUGGAAUUUUGAUGCUCCAGCCGCACUUGUGUUCAUUGCAUUUCUAUUUGUUCACUUCACUAAUGAAGAUGAUUUGAGGAGAGCCACAAUGUUAUUCACAUCGAUUGAACUUGGGUCGAUUUUGGAAAAAUGAUACUUGUAGUGAGUUGCAUUGGUUGAAUUUCCAUCGUAUUUUUUGUU